AGCCUCGUGUGUUUCACUCCGCCUGCUUUCACAACAGUCCUCUCAGCAGCUGAGACUCUCCUCUCCACUGAGGAAAAAAAAAAAAAAAUACUGAAACCCUCGCUCGCAGUCAAAAACAAUGAGGGCGCACGACGCGCAACUCGCUCCAAGGCUCUCCAACAGCGGCGGAGUUUUCCCUCCUGGAGGAUUCGUAGCAUGCGUGUGUGCGCCACCCGGAGGGAGAAGGACCACAGGGAAAUAACUUGACAAUCUGAGGAGUUUGUUAUUUAUUUAUUUUUUAUUUUUUGGAGAGGGAAGGAAUCAUGCCUUUUUGCAAACGCACGAUACUUCCGAAAGAUGUGUGCAAGCCCGAUGGCAGGAGGCUGCCGGAGGCGCGUCCGCAGCGGCAGCCGGAGAUUUUCGGGGACUUGGCGGAUGUGUGCGGCUUCUCCCUGUGCUCGGUGCUCCGGCAGCUCUCGGAUCUGUCCCGGCACUCGGUGGGCAUCCUGGAGGAGCUGGAGGGAGAGCUGGUGUCCAUCUGCCACCGGUCAGGAGCGCUGGAGGGCAGAGUGGUCCGCCUGCAGAGGCGCGUCGCGGAGCUGGUCAGCAAACCUCCACCUAGAACCACCAGCGGUCUAGAGGCAGAGAGCGGCAGGCGCGGCGGCAGCAGCAGCCACGGCGAUGGCAACCACAGCAGCAGCGGUGGCGGCGGUGGAGGAGGCAGCGUCAGCAGCAGCGGCGGCAGUGGCGCGGCCCACUUCAGGUCUCCAUGGCAACAGAGCGUGAACGUGUUCGGCUCGUGGAGCAGGCCGGAGUGUGUCGAGGAGCUGCACCAGCAGGCGCAGCUCAACCUCCAGAACCUGCUGCAAGAAUUUGAGGAGCAGUUGUACGACACAAAGCUGACCGGUCAGACUUUCCGGCAUCCGUCUUCGCAGAGCUCCGACGACACGUCCACCUCGCUCAGCCGGUCGCCCAUCUCCCUCAACAACAAGAGACCUGACUUCAUCUUCCUGCCGGCGUCCAAGCAGCUCUACGAAGAUGAAACCACCUCCUCAGUGUUUGGUCUUAGGUCUGUGACCAACCCGUCUCCCUCCCCAUCCCCAUCCCCCUGCAGCUCAGAUCGCCCCCCUCUGGGCUGGAGUAGUAACAACAGCAGCAGUAGCACAGCCACAUCUGCUACCACUGGACCGCCGGUGGCAGAGAAGCCCCGCUGGCACCUGGGAAGACGCACUCCAUCCCACUUCAUACCACUCGAUGUCACAGGUGAAAGGGGAGGACUGAAAUUCCACGGUGUUGACCUCCUCCAGCACUCCGUGUCCCCAUCCCCCUCUUUUGGGGACCCCAUCCCCCAUCAGCCCCACUCCCUGGAACCUGUGACGGACACACCACACCAGAAUCUUCCACUUAGGAAGACGCAUUCUGACCUCGAUACAACCUUACCUACAGAUAACAAUUUGGGGCAGCGUGUGCCAGACCAGCUUCACCAAGGAGCAAUGGACCACUCUGGGCUGCUAUGCUCAAACACUCCCUCUGCUUCCUGGAAUGGCCCUAAGGGUUCCACCUUUUCUCCUGGAGCGUGGAACGAACCCUACAGCUAUAGCACGAACAAAGCCCCCGCAGUUCCACCCAAGCAGCACAGUGUCAUUGGCAAUGCCAGAGGGACACAGGAUGGUGUGAUGUUUGUGGGCUCAGGACAGUCUGUUAGCUCACAUUCCAGCUCAUUCACAUCUGUAACAGACCCUUCUGGGAGAGCUGGGAAUAGCGUUCUAGGGAUGGGGAAGCGGAGCGAGACUGAAGGUGCUGCAGCAGAUGGAGGAAGAGGAGGAGGAGGAGGAGGUUGGGAAGCAGGGAGAGGGCGGGAGAGGUCGGCGCGUUCUAUAGCAGCACAAAAUGCCUUCAAGUUCCGAGAGCGAUCACUUUCCACGCCCACAGAUUCUGGCUCUUUUUGCUUUACAGAUGGUAGCCUCUGCCAGCCAGAUGGUAAUAUUUUGUCGACAGGGAACGGGAACACUAUGGUUAUUGACCACCAUCAGGAGCGUCAGCACUUCCUGGGUCUGGGUGAGAACUAUGCCCUCCUCUACCCAAGAGGAAGCUCUGAAGACAGCACUAGUACCACUGACACAAUCUCAGUCACAGCUUCAGAUUACAGCACAGAGGGCCGCCUGCGCCUCCGCUCCCGCUCCAUCUCGCUGAAGAAAUCCAAGCGCAAGCCACCACCUCCUGUGAGGAGCGUCUCUCUCAUGAAGAACCUCGGAGAAGCUGAAGGGAGAAUCCACCAUGAAGGCGGGCUUUACCGUGAUGGCCGGCCAAAGAGCCUGCACAUCCCCAGAGAGCACUUCCCAGACUUCCAGCCAGAUUUCCUUCUGCCCAGCUCAUCCUGCUCCUCCAAACCUAGUGUUAGUGAGCGGGGGCUGUGCCAAGGAGGGAAUGAUGGACCACCAAGUCUUGAGGUCCAGGCACCAGAGAGGGAAGCAGAGACCGAGAUGACCUUUCCCACUCACUGGCAGCUGGGGGAGUGGAAGAGCAAUGACCCCUACAGAUCUCUAUCAGGCUCCAGCACAGCAACAGGUACCACAGUGAUUGAAUGUAUGAAAGUCAGAGGCAGCUCGGAGUCGCUUCUUGACUCUCCUUCCACUUCAAGAGCCACCUCUCCCUCACAGCUCUCCAUAGAGACUGAUGCCAAGGCUUCCUCACCCUUCAAACCUCCAGGGCUUAUGUCCCCAUCAAGUGGCUAUUCCAGUCAGUCAGAGACCCCCACCCCAACCGUUCCACUCAGUCAAAUGGCAGGUCAAGGGACAGCAGGGGUAACAGGGUGUAAGAUGCGCCCCAAGAUCCCAGAGCGGAAGUCAUCGCUACCAUCACCCAAGGACCCAGCUGCUAGGUCCAGAUUGUCCUUCGAAAUGCCUGGGAAUGCACAUCUGGAGCUGUCAUCAAUUAAGCCAAAGCAAAAGGCCAGCAGGCGACAUUCUGACACCUCAACAGCAGCAAAACCAGGAAAAAUCAGCCCCAGUUCAUCACAGGCAUUGCCUAUGGUUACACAGAAUGAACUGAAGACUGUACGGCUUCGUUCUGUUUCUCGUGGUGACCUAGAGGACUGCCCUGAUGGGGCCUCUGACACCAUUGAAGAAGAACAGCAUGGUCGAGACAUAGGCGAGGAUCCCAGCCCACCACCCACCCUACCUAAACCCAAACCACCUGUUGCUGUCAAGCCUCCGUUACCCAAAAGACCCAUUAACCUCCUUUUUAAGUCUCCUUCUCCCUCCUCCACCUCCCCCCUAGCCCUUGACUCGCCUCCUGCUUCACCUGUGGACCGACCAGUUCCUCUAGGAAACAUCUACAAAGUCAUGAAAAAGCCAAAACCCAAAAAACCUCCACCACAAACAAGUCCCACCAUUCUCCCAGAUUCAAAUUGUACCUUUGCCCCACAGACUGCCUAUGAUCACCCAUUCCUCCCCCACUCCCAGUCCCUUUUUGAUCUCCCUCCUCUCCCAGAUCCACAGCCUCUCGUGGAAGACCCAGUGUUGGAGCCUGAAUUUGAUGCUGACCUAGAGAUUCAUCUUGGGCCUGAAGACGGAGGUUCACUACCCUCUCCCUGCAGUAACAAGGAGACACCAGAGCUCCAUGACAAAAGCAAGACUCUACCCUCAAGGAUGACAAUCUCCUGCUUAUCAGAGCUGUCAGAUAAGAAGAAACCCAAGGUUCCACCUCCAGUUCCCAAGAAGCCAAAUGUCCUUCUUUUUCCCACAUCCUCCUCCUCCACUAAUGGCAGCACAGACCGCCAGAUACCACUGGCCGAGAGCCCUGUGGGCCUGCCUUCUCCAAUAGGAACAUUCUCACCAGAGGAUAUUCCCACUACUCCUACUGUUGCAGACAUGGCUGAGCAACAUGAGAACCACAUGGGAACAGAGGAGGAGGACAGUUCAAAAGAGUCAUCUCUGCAGUCAUCUCUCCAAGAUUCAUCUCUCACAGAGCUGGAAGGGAAGAUGGCCAGUACAGCUGUUGGGGCAGAUGAGUCCACAGCCGAUGAGAAGACAGUUCUUCACAUUGCAGAAGAAACAGAUGAUGACCUGUUGGCCAGCACACCUACAACACACACCACCGAAGACCUGUUCACCAUCAUACACAGGUCCAAGCGAAAGGUUCUGGGUCGCAAGGAGCCGUCGGACUCCUUCGGCAGUCGGCAGAGCCUGGUGUCACCAGUGAAGCACAGCACUAGCGGCAGUGACCUAAGAAAUCUCACCUUGGGCAGCAGCCAGAGGUCGAGCUCCCGCAAUGAGAAUUUCAUGGCCCUGCUUCAGAAGAAAGGCAGUAAGUCUUCCAGUGGAGCAAGGGUCUCUGCCAUGGAGCUUCUAAAAAGCACAAACCCCCUAGCACGACGUGUGACAGAGUUUUCAACCACCACGGGAUCAACUGCAGAGGGAGGAGAGGCGACAUCUGGGAAUGACAAACCCAACGAUCAGUGAACUGAUUGUUAGAAGAUGUUAACUAGCUUGCCGUUGACAAAGCUACCCACCAAUUCCACAAUCUGCCACCCUCUGGGGAUGGGGCCUUCCAACGAAUAUACCCAAUUGGAUCGCUCCAACUACUGAUUGACCAUUUGCACUGUCCAAUCCUUUAAUAUUGGAGCACCUUUUGGACAAAAUGGUCCCUCCCAUGGUUGGAGCGUUGUUGUUCCCUGUCAAAACGGCCCCUCUAGGAAAACAAGACAUCAGUGCAGAGUAAAGUUUGGUCUCACUAUAUAUCCAGUGUAAGGUGGAAGUUGUUUUCCUCAUUGGGGAUGUGUUCAGUGUGGAUGUCAGGGUGGAGUAGAAACUGGGAAUUUGAAAAUAUGGAGUGGAUAUCUUUACUCCUGGCUCUUUCUGAAUGUCGACGACAAAAGAUGACACUGAAGACGACAGUGGUUAAUAUAUCUGAAUCUGUGUCCAUAUUGAUGCACGGGGAUACCACAGAGGAUCAGCAAUUAAAUAAAUCCAAGAACUGAAUGGAGCUAAAUACAUGUGAGGCUUACACAUCCACGUUUCAACCAAAUUCCUCCAGCAAGUAGCACUACAUGAACUGAAAAAGGAAAUAUGCCUGUUCCUUGGACACCGUGGCUCUGCCUUCUCUCUAUCUCUAUGGUGACUGCAGUUCCAUAGGAACCCUGACAUUUUGGACGAACAAAAGAAACACUUAAAUGAAGGAUUUACAAAGAGAAAUCACAUGGGGGCUUUUUGCCACCAAAGAUGAGGCAUGAGCAUGUUAUACAUUUUGUUGCUUGUGCUCCACACAAGAACGUGGACCUUCACAAAACAUUCCACAGAGACACCGAGCAAAUGGGCGACGCUUUUCUUGUUUGUUGGCAUUCAAAACCGUCUACAUGGCGCAGUCAUUGCUAUAUUUUUCUCAUCAGUCAUUAUCUUUGGUUCUCUGUUUAGAUGUUGUUUAUUUUUUUUUUUGCAUAUAUUUUUCCAUCCACACGCCAAGUGGCCAUUUACUGUACACGUUUAAUUGGCUCAUACUGUAUGUACCAUGUAAAAAGGAUAAAUGUAACAUCUAUCAAUGGAUCUCACCUGCAGACACAAAGACUAAAAAUAGUGUACAAAGCAGCAAGAAGCUUGGACUACAAACUGCCCACAAAAUAAAGGGAAAACUCACACAAAGACUGAAGAGUAAUGCCAUGAAGAGACAAGCAAAGUCCAGUCUACACAAGAGUGAGUGUGUUCAUGUGUGUGUAUAUGUGUGCAGAUGAAAUCAUGCCUGUGGAGUUUCUGUAUGGAGAGCAUGAAGCAGGCCUGGUGAUUAAACAGGGUUUUUAUUCAUUUUGGUCUCUGGUGUUGGGACCAAAGGAAUGUUAAAAACUACAAACAAACCAGAGGGGACCUAGUGGCGUGUACGCAUGUGUGCAUAUGUAUGUGUCUAUAGACUGAAAUGCCAAGAACAAAGUGAUGGAAAGAGACAGAAGAGAGUUCUCAUGGUGUAUGUGUGUGUGUGUGUGUGUGUGUGUGUGUGUGUGUGUGUGUGUGUGUGUGUGUGUGAGAGAGAAGCUUCACAACACCCCUUCCUUUAGUGAGCAUCCCCCCUCAACAUUCAGGAACCUAAGACAUUCCGGAACCAAAAGGAUUGAAAAACCAGUGUGCUUCCGGGAUCAGGACUAAGCACCCGCAAUUCAUCUAUAAACAGCAUAAAACAAUUUGGAAUCUAAGAGACUCCAUAGCCAAGAGGAUUCUAGAACUAGUGCAUUUCUGGAAUCAGGAUAAAGCUGUCCCCCUCUUCAUACCAUGCAUUCUAGAUUACAAAACCUAAAGGAUUACUGAACCAUGAGGAUUCCAGGGAAUAGAUUACCGAAGGAAGCAGGUUCAAGAGGCCUGAAAGGUUCUGGAAUGUCUGUCAGUAGGGAGUGUUGUGUGCAGUUUCUCUUUGUUUUGCCCUUCUCCGUUCACAUUUUCAGUGUCUUUCGUCACAGAGAGAAGGUGAUGGCGUAUGCUGCCCUUUUUCCUCCAUUCAGCACGAUUGGAGCACAUACUCCAUCUGUCUCUUUUUAUUUCUCUCUUCUGACAGAUAGCACACUCUCUUUCCUCCCCCUUUACACUCCAACCUCUCUCUCGUAGCACUACCUUUCUCUUGUUCUCUAACUUGACCUGCUGUCCACCCUUUCUCUUUAAACCUUCUCUUCAUCCAUUCGCUGCCCUCCCUUCCUCCAUUUUAUCUUCCUGUCCCUCCCAUCUCCUUUUCCCUCUCUUCCACCUCUCUCUGCAUUCAGUCUAUGCAUCUGAGCUCAGCAGAAGACGCGACACUGGAUGAAUGUCAAUGAAUGACUGUUAAGAAAAAAAGAUGCUGUUCUUCGUUUGAGAGUGCAAAAAACAUUUUCUAUCAGUACCUAUCUUCUGCCUUCUUUCUUUCUUGCUCUCUUAAGUUUUUAUAUUUUUCUUUAGUACCCUUGUAACAUGGGGUUGCCAUGGAAGAUUGAAUAAAUGAAUGAAUGGA